AUGCGCCGUGCUUGCGUGGUCGGUGCCUCGCGCGGCCUGGGCCUAGCUCUGGCCCAGCACCUUGCCCGCCGUGGCGAUGCAGUGGUCUGUGCCGCGCGCACGGUGACUGCGGCCCUCAGGGAACUGGAGAGGACAUUCCCGCACUCCGUUACUGUGGUUCAGAUGGAUGUGACUGAUGCCCGCAGCGUGGCCGCUGCCGCGCAGCGUGCCGCAGGUGCGCUGACAUCGCCGGGCCGCGCCGCCGGGUUGGAACUGAUGUGCCACACUGCCGGACUGUUGCAGGACAAAUCCCGGGGUGUGAUCCCAGAGAACAGCCUGCAGCGCGUGGACCCAGAGGCUAUGGCCUACUCCCUUGCAGUGAAUGUUGUGGGGCCCCUGAUGGUCUUGAAGCACUUCGCCCCGCUCCUGAAGGCUUCGGACACCGAAACCGCAGCGAGUGGUGAGACAUCUCAGGCACCCAAGGCAACUGCCGUCUUCUACAGUGCUCGUGUGGGCUCCAUUGGGGACAAUGCCACAGGUGGAUGGUACUCCUACCGCAGCAGCAAGGCGGCCCUGAACCAGGUGGUGCGGACUGCUUCCGUCGAGCUAGCUCGACACCGCGUCUGCUGCUUUGCCUUGCAUCCGGGCACCGUGGACACGGACCUCACGCGUGCCUUUUCGCGUGCACGGUCGAAGUAUGUUGUGCAGGAUGUGGACGAAGCCGCUGAGAACCACCUGGCCAUCAUCGCCUCGCGCACAAUGGCCCACACAGGCCGCUUCUUCGACUGGCGUGCUGAGGAGGUUCCAUGGUGA